UUUUUUUUUAAUGUGGUCCGGUACUUUUUUCAUCUUGUGUUUAGUGUAAAUACAUUUGAUUUAAGAUGAAAAGUUACGUUAAUAUAUUAUGUAAAAGAGCAGAAUUUUCGCUUUGCAUUUUUAUCGCAUCAUGUGCAAAUAACUGAGGUUACCUGUUUUGCUGUUUUUAUUGCUGUCGUCUUUUGCAAAAUAUGGCUACACCUUCGGCUGUAGUUGCUGCAGUUGCUGCUGUUUUGUUAUUUAUAAUUUGUAAUUUUUCCCUGCAUAAAAUUGAAGAAGGUCAUGUAGGUAUAUAUUACAGGGGUGGUGCUUUAUUAAAAGAAACAAGUACACCUGGAUUUCAUAUGAUGGUGCCAUUUAUCACUACAUACCGCUCAAUUCAGGUCACUCUCCAAACAGAUGAAGUAAAAAAUGUACCAUGUGGUACAAGUGGUGGUGUGAUGAUAUAUUUUGACCGAAUUGAAGUUGUGAAUAUUCUAAACUCAAACAGUGGUAAGUUUUAUGAUAUAACAUUGCAGUUAAAUCUCCAGGUGCCUUAUCCAUGGAUUUUUCCAUUUAAAAUUGGGAAAAUUUAUUUACCAGUGAAAAAUCAAAUUGAUGAAAAUUUGAAAACUGCUCUGCAGAAGGAUCUGAAUAAUAUGGCUCCUGGUUUGUAUAUUCAAGCUGUUCGUGUUACAAAGCCAAAGAUUCCGGAAACAAUAAGGAAAAAUUAUGAACUUAUGGAAAGUGAGAAAACAAAGUUAUUAAUUGCUGUUCAAAGGCAAAAAGUUGUCGAAAAAGAUGCAGAAACUGAAAGGAAGAAGGCUGUAAUAGAGGCCCAAAAGAAUGCUGAAGUUGCAAAAAUUCAAUAUGAACAAAAGAUUAUGGAAAAAGAAUCUUUAAAAAAGAUGUCUCUGCUAGAAGAUGAUAUGGCAUUUUCAAGACAGAAGACGAGAGCUGAAUCCGAGGCAUAUACGAAGAAGCAGCUUGCUGAAGGAAACAAGCUACUCCUUACACCUGAAUAUUUGGAGCUAAAAAAACUAGAAGCAAUUUCUCAAAAUAGUAAAAUAUAUUUUGGUUCUGAUCUUCCUCGAAUGUUCAUGGAUUCUAGUCAUACUGUGCCACCAAAUAAAAAAGUGUUUGCAUCUGAUCUUGAAGAAAAAGAAGUUUCUCAUGAAAGCUUAAUGAAAAGUGAACUAUGAAAAUAAAUAUUUGCAUUCAAUCAUUUUUUCAUUCAAGUUUGUUUGGCAGAAGAGAAAGAAAAGAGGAGGAAUUGGUGUGAAAAUAAUUGUUCAGAUCUUUAAUGGAAAGUUAUUGCAUUGUCAUAAUUUCUGUGAUUAAUCUAUGUAUACUAAUUGUAAAAAAGAAAUUCUCAUUGUCACGAUUUUUGUAAUUUUAUAUUAAAAUUAAAAACAAAAAAGUUGUUGCAAAUCAAAAA